AUGACGACGCUCAGUUGGAACUGUCGGGGUUUGAGGAGCAUCCUGACAGUUCGACGUCUAGAGGAGAUGUGUCGUGAGCAUCUUCCAGACUUCUUGUUUCUCCUAGAGACUAAAAACUCUAGUGAUCACAUAGAAGGUUUUAGGAGAUCGUUGGGUUAUGACCACAUCUUUUUGGUGAAUCCAGUGGGUCUCAGUGGAGGUUUAGCAUUGUUUUGGCGGAACUCGCAUGAAGUUGAGGUAUUAUCAUCGUUUGAUAGAAUCAUUGAUGUCAGAGUAAAGCAGCGAGACUUAGUAUAUUUCAUCUCCUUUGUAUAUGGGGACCCUAUUCGACAUAAACGACACAUAAUCUGGGAAAAUUUAAAGACUAUAGGUCUGAACAGGAAUGCUGGUUGGUGUCUUGUUGGAGACUUCAAUGAGAUGAUGAAUGCAGUGGAGAAGAUUGGUGGACCAGUGCAUGAGGAAUCAUCUUUUUAUCCUUUUCGUUCCAUGGUUCGAGAUUGUAGGGUUAAAGAAGUGCCAAGCUCAGGAGAUAAGUUAUCAUGGGCUGGGGUCAGAGAGAUAAUGACCAAUGGACUGAAGGAGAAAGUAUGGAUACAGUGUCAUUUGGACAGAGCAUUUGGUAACGCCGAAUGGUUUUGUCUCUUCCCUCGCGCACACACGUUGUAUUUGGAGAGGUUGGGGUCUGAUCACAGGCCCAUUCUGACGAGUGUUAUGGGUACAGAUACGAAGAAGUUGGGAUGCUUCGUUUAUGACAAAAGGUGGAGUAAUAAUCCAGAAGUGUUGGAGCUGGUGCGUAAAGGAUGGAACGUAGAUCAGAACCGACAAGUGGCCACAGUCUCAGAGCGCAUUGCUUCAUGUCGCAAGAUACUGGCUCAAUGGAAACGUACUGGUGCUAGUAAUUCGAAGAAGAUGAUCAUGAAGUUGCGUACUGAGCUAGAGGAAAAGGAGAAAAAAGUUUCCCCGAACUUGCAGAGGACUAUCUAUAUGAAGCUGGAGCUUGCGAAAUUAUUCCAAGAAGAAGAAGAGUAUUGGAAGCUUAAAAGCAAGAAUAAUUGGUUGCAAUCAGGGGAUAAAAACACUAAAGUCUUCCAUGGAUGGGCCAAGACUAGGAAAAUGAAAAAUAAUAUUCCGAGUCUUACAGAUUCUGUUGGGGUGGAGCAUACUUCCGAAGAAGCAAAAGGUAAUAUAACUAUACAAUAUUUCACAGAGCUCUUCACAUCAUCUAGGCCAUCUGAUGCCACUGAGCUGCUGCGAGAUUUUGCGCCAAGAAUUAUUCUAGAAGUAAAGCGCUUCUUCGUGGAAGGUGUUAUUCCUCAAGACUGGAACUUCACUCAGCUUUGCUUGUUAUCAAAGAAACCAAAUCCCUCUCUCGUGACAGACCUUCGAACUAUCAGCCUAUGCGCAGUCUCGUAUAAGAUCGGCUCCAAUAUCUUAUGUGCUCGGCUGAAAGGCAUUCUGCCCUUAUUGGUCUCGCCUACUCAAGGGGCCUUUGUGGCGGGAAGGCUGAUAUCUGAUAACUUGUUGACAGCGCAUGAGAUGCUACAUGGCUUAAAGAUUAAUCCAAACUGCAAAACAGACUACAUUGCAAUCAAAACAGACAUGUCCAAAGCGUAUGACAGAGUGGAAUGA